UAUCCCAAACAAGACCCAGAGCGAGGCGGCACUCACAUGAUCUCCACAGAUGACCUGGAGUACCCGCGGGAGUAUCGGACACUGGGCAAUAGCGGCAGGCGCUUCUCUAACGUGGGCCUGGUGCACACGUCGGAGCACCGACACACGGUGACGGCGGCGCAGAGCCUGGAGGCGCUCACGAACCUACACAAGGCCGACAUGGAACGCAAGCGGGACGCCUUCAUGGACCACCUGAAGAGCAAGUACCAGCAGCAGCAGCAGCAGCUGCAGCAUCAGCACCACAACCCGCCAUCACCUUCGCAAUCGCACGCGAGCAUGAGGGGAGGCUCGGAGAGGGCUGCGCGAGAACAGCAACAACCCAACUACUGGAGCUUUAAGAGCCGCAGCCCCCGCCAUUCCCAGUCCACCCAAUCGGGGCUCGCCGACCAGGCCGCCAAGCUGUCCUUUGCCUCCGCCGAGUCCCUAGAGACCAUGUCCGAGGCCGACGUGCCCAUCGGCUUUAACAGGAUGAAUCGGUUCCGCCAGAGUCUGCCCCUGUCGCGCUCCGCCAGCCAGAAUAAGCUACGGUCUCCAGAUGAAUAUGCAGGUGUGCUGUUCCUGCAGUACGGCGACGAGACGCGCCGUGUGCACAUCACCCACGAGCUGAGCAGCCUGGACACGCUGCACGCCCUCAUCGUGCACAUGUUCCCGCAGAAGCUGACGGCGGGCAUGCUCAAGUCGCCCAACACGGCUGUGCUGAUCAAGGACGAAGCGCGCAACGUCUUCUACGAGCUGGAGGACGUGCGCGACAUCCAGGACCGCAGCGUCAUCAAGAUCUAUCGCAAGGAGCCCAUCUACGCCUCCUACCCGGCUGCUGCACACCUGGCCAAUGGGGACCUGCGGAGAGAGAUGGUGUAUUCGUCCCGCGACUCCUCUCCGACGCGCCGCCUGAACACGCUGCCUUCAUCGUCAGGCUCCUCCGGCUCGCCGUCCCGCUCGCGCCUGUCCUACAGCGGGGGUCGCCCGCCCUCUUUCGCCGGUUCCCACGAGCAGGCCCGGCAUCCUCACCACGUCGCCGCUAACGCGGUCCUCUCACCCUCGCCCAGCGCCAUCCUGGAGCGGCGAGACGUCAAGCCAGACGAGGAGGUCUCAGCAAAGAACUUGGCGCUGAUGAAGAACGAGUCACUGUACGCCGACCCCUACAGCCUAAUGCACGAGGGCCGCCUCAGCAUCGCCUCCACGCAGUCCCUUGCGGCCAUCGGCGACCCCUUUGCUUUCCCUGUUUCCACGGGCUUGUACCGCCGCGGCUCCGUGCGGUCGCUUAGCACCUAUUCCGCCGCCGCACUGCAGGGGGAACUGGACGACGCGCUCUAUAAGCCCGGCGGGUCGCUAUACUCCGACACGUACUCGGCCACGCUAGGCAUGGGCUUCCGCAUGCCUCCGUCGUCCCCACAGAAGAUCCCCGACAUGCACUUGCGGGAUAGAGACUCGUACUCCGUCUCGCCCAGUAGGGCUUCACCCGUCAGGCAGAACUUUCGCAAGGACUCUGCAUCCUCCUCAGUGUUCGUGGACAGUCCCAAAUCCAGACCCGGUUCCGGCUCAGAGCCUCUCUGCCUCACGGCCGGACCUGGAGAGGGAGGCAGGGCCACGCCUGGUUUUUCGUUGUCUGGAGCAGAUGCUGAUGUGAGCAGGGAUCACCGUCUUGAGCGCAUGGAAGCCAUGGAGAAACAAAUCGCAAGCCUGACCGGUCUGGUCCAGAGCGUGCUGACCAGAGCACCGGACAGUGAUAGCACAUGCGGCCUGCUGCGUCUCUGCAUGAUGGCGGGCUGCCCCCCGGACCAGGGAGCCGACUUCUCACGGACAUUACCUUUCUCUUCCAGCGACAAGACUGACACCAACAGCGACGGCUCCGCCACAGGAACGGGACGGCUAAAGAAGAAAGCUCACACGCCGUCGGCCCCACUGGCGCUGAUGCCUCCGCCGCCGUCUAACUCCACGCCGUUGAACAACGUCAGCCGGCUGCAGAUGCAGCUACACCUGCACGGGUUGCAGCAGAACGCCAACGACCUGCGAAAGCAGCUCGGACAGCUGCGCAAGACGCAGCUGGAGAACCAGGACUCUAUGCGCAAGCUGCUGAAACGCACUGAAACCGAGCUGAACGUGCGCGUGGCCGACGCCCUUCGCAAGCAGGAGGACCCCCUUCAGAGGCAGCGCCUCCUGGUGGAGGAGGAGAGGCUCAAGUACCUGAACGAGGAGGAGCUCAUCAUCCAGCAGCUUCAUGACCUGGAGAAGUCGGUGGAGGACAUCCAGAAGGAGUCGUCCGUCAACCACAAGCUGGUGAGCGUGCAGGAGCUGGAGGAAAAGACGGCCAUCCUCCGAAAGUUGGGCGAGACACUCACCGAGCUCAAGAAUCAGUUCCCCAGCCUGCAGAGUAAGAUGCGGGUGGUGCUCCGGGUGGAGGUGGAGGCUGUCAAGUUCCUGAAAGAGGAGCCACACAGGCUAGAUGCCCUGCUGAAACGCUGCAAGACCAUUACAGACACCCUCAACGCCAUGCGAAAGCAAGCCAAUGACGGCGUCUGGAAGAAGCAUGAGGACUUCACAUCAGCCAAGCACAACGACGAGCUAAGAAGGUUCCCGGACUUUGACCUCCCGAGCAGCCCGCCGCUUGCUAUCAACGACCUGGGAGGAGGAAACAGCCUGUCCAAUUGGAGCCCGCACACCAGCCUGGCACGCCGCCACCACGGCAACCCGGCCGGCCCGCACAAGGACAAUCACCCGCCCGUCCCUCACAAGGGCAAAGCCCUGGAGGAGCUGGAACGCCGAAGCGCUGCUGAUAAAGCGUCGUCUGUCGAAGUUCGCCUGGCAGCCGAGCGGGACUGGGAGGAGAAGAGGGCCAGCCUAACCCAAUACAGUGCUCAAGACAUCAACCGGCUGCUGGAGGAAACCCAGGCCGAGCUCAUGAAGGCUAUACCCGACCUGGACUUUGCCGCUAAGCAGAUCAAGCCUUCCUCCAAUGCCACACCCUCGCAGGUGCCGCAGACCCCUCCAAGCGGGACUGCUACCCCCGAGCACCGCACCAUCAACAGCAAGCCCCUGCAGAAGAAGGAAGGAGGCUCUAGGCUUGGAUCCGAUGAGCUGACAGUGCCGCGCUACCGCACAGAAAAACCCUCCAAGUCGCCACCUCCGCCACCACCCAGACGCAGCUUCCCUUCUUCUCCCGGUCUGAUCACCCGCAGCGGGGAGCCCCUCAUUCCCGGGAAGUGUGUCAAGAAGUCUGACUCUGAGGAAGCGGAGAACCAAAAGCCACAUGUAAAACUGAGGAGGACAGUGUCUGAAAACCCUCGUCCCGCAUCCACGCCUCCUACUUUAUCCGGGGACAAGGCAGACGCAGAACAGGAGAAAACUUCUGCCCAGUUAGAGGGCAGUUGUAUUCAACACAUCAUGUUGAGCGAGUGUCCCGUCAGAGAUGUGCCCCAUCGUUCUGCUUGGCUUCCUCGGCAAGAGAUGCAGCAUCGCUCGGAGGAGGACUUCAAACAGGAAGUGACUUUGCUCUUGACCGAGCAAGAGAUGAGGGCACUCUCGCCCUCUGAGGCACAGGAGCUGAGCGGCGCCGCGGGUGUCAUUUUGCAAACGCGCACCAUCUCGACGCACUCCGCCGCGCUCUCAGAGGAGCACUUGAGCGAGCGCCCUCUACUGCUGCUCUUCAAAGAGGAAGCCACGCUCAAGGAGGCCUACAAGGUCCUACUUUAUCUUUUGGAGGCGUCGCCUAAAAAUAGAUCCUCCGCCUGCUCAGGCCAGCUGGUGAAGGCUCUGAGGAGGGGGAUAGAAACAGGGGAAGUGGUUAUAAAAUUCCAACUUGGCACCGACACCGAGAGUCCCGAGGGAGCCAAACCGGUAGAAGAUGUCCGCCGGGGCGCCUAUGAGAGGCUGGACAGCUUGGAGGAGACCAUUCGGGAGUUGGAGAACACCUUGCUGGAGAUCAGCGGAGGAGCCGAAACGUGCAGAAAGCCGCCGGUCCCGCCCAAGCCUUCGACGUCAAGAAAGGGAGGGAAUGCCGCCCUGUGCAAAAUCCCGCCGGCCCCGGCCUCCAAACUGAAACAGCUGCAGCAGCAGAACAGCACGGACAAGUACAAAAGCGGCAAGAGGGAGGACUUCCUGAAGGCCCAGCAGCAGGGAGCCGCCCUUGGCGCGGAUUCGGGCGUCCGCCGCAGGAGGGCGGAGGGUCCCGCGCUGAGGGCGUCGCCCGGCCAGGCCAAGGCGCUGCUGGCCAGCCUGUCGGCCGCUGGCCUGAGCGCCGAAGCCCUGCUGCUGUCCUCCGCCCUGCGCCGGCACCGCCUCCUCCGCGAGCAGCAGCAACGGGCAUCCGCGUCCUCCCUGCCCUCGCCGGGCAGCCGCUCCCCGUCGCCCGCCUCCUCCUCCUCGCAGACGCCCAGCGCCACCCUGUCGUCAUCCUCCUCGCCCACCACGCCCGUCUUGUCGCCGUGUUCGCCCACAUCGCCCACUUCGUCCAAGGCCGGUCUGGAGGGGCUUAAGAAUGGACAGUAA